AUGCAGCGUUAUUCACUAUUUUUAAUAGUGUUCUUUGCUGUACUUAAUUUGUACAUUAUUGAUGCCACCAUCAACGAUGUUCCUGAAGACGAAUGGUGGCACAACUCAUUUAUCUAUGAGCUAUAUAUCCAAAGUUUCAAGGACAGUAACGGUGAUGGUCUUGGUGAUUUGAAUGGAGCUACAAGUAAAUUGGAACACAUAAAAGAUCUAGGAAUUUCAACAGUAUGGAUAACUCCAUUUUAUAAAAGUCCAAUGAUUGAUUUUGGAUAUGAUAUUACUGAUUUUAAAGGUAUUGAUCCACUGUUUGGUAAUUUUAAUGAUUUUGACCGACUUAUUCAAAAAGCCAACUCAUUGGAUAUGAAAAUAGUACUUGACUUUGUGCCAAAUCACACAUCUGAUCAGCAUCCUUGGUUUGUUAAAAGUGUUAAAAGAAUAAAACCAUAUGAUGAUUAUUACAUUUGGUUUGAUGGAAAAAUAGUCAAUGGAACAAGACAGCCACCAACCAAUUGGCUGAGUAUUUUUCAUAUUUCAGCUUGGACUUGGAAUGAACAACGACAACAAUAUUACUAUCAUGGAUUUACAAAAUCUCAACCAGAUUUGAAUUUUCGUAACCCACGAGUUAAUAAUGAAAUGAAAAAAAUUCUACGAUUUUGGCUUAAAAAAGGAAUUAAAGGUUUUCGAGUUGAUACUAUUCCUAGUCUUGUUGAAGGAAAUCCAGAUGAAGAAUUUCCAUUAAAAGAUCAACCAAAAAGAAUAAAUUCCCCCUUUCCAGAUGGCCAUUAUCUCAGUCAAGUUCGACCGUACUCGUAUGAUCCAACUGGAUCUUAUCCAAUAUUUAAAACUUGGCGUGAUGUUCUUGAUGGAUAUUCAAAGCAAAAAAAAUUACUUCUUGCUGAAGCAUAUUUUCAACCAGAAAAACUAAAUUACACAAUGAAUUAUUACAAUUAUGGAGCAGAUGUGCCGAUGAAUGUAUUUCUCAUUGGUAUUUAUGAAAAUAAAACUUCAAUAAGUGGAUUAUUGAAUCUAAUUGAACCCUACUUGGAGGCGAUUCCAAAAGGUAAAUCGCCAAAUUGGGUAUUUGAUAAUCAUGAUCGUUCACGAGCUGCAACACGAUUUGGACGAGAUCGAGCUGAUCAAAUGACAAUGUUUACAGCAGUAUUACCUGGUAUUGUUGUUGUUUAUCAAGGAGGAGAAAUUGGUAUGGAGGAUCGUCCAACAACAUGGGAAGAAACAAUUGAUCCACCUGGUUGUAAUUUGGGUCCUGAUGAAUAUCAUAUUGGAUCGAGAGAUCCAAAUCGUUCGCCAUUCCAGUGGGAUAAUACAACUAGUGCUGGUUUCUCGAAAAAUAAUAAAACAUGGCUACCAGUACAUGAAAAUUAUAAAACAUUAAAUCUUGCUGCACAAAAAUUAGCACAAAAUUCACAUUAUCAUAUUUUUAAAAAAGCUGUUGCGUUAAAAAAAAUACGAGCUAUUCGUGAGGGUAAAAUAAAAUUUAUAAAUGUCAAUGAGAAAGUGCUAAUUGUUAUUCGAUGUCCAGAUGAAAAUCUAGAAAAUAUCGAGAGUCUAGACAGAGAUGAUUUAAUUGUUUUACUAAUUAAUUUUACUGAUGGUCCUAUUGAUGUUAAUCUGGCUGAUUAUUUACAUGUUAAAAAAUUUAAUAUGAUGGUUUACGUUGCAAGUCUUACAUCACACAUAAAAGCUGGUUCUCGAAUUAAAACUGAUAAUAUUUAUCUGCCACCUGCUGCUUCAGUUAUAUUGAGACAAAUUUAA